GGAGUUACUUAACGUAACUGCGAUUUAAGGAGGCGCGGAAAUGAAGUUAUACCCUGUUUCGUGACGCAUCGGAAACUGGUAUUCUGCGAGAAUCCCUCCCCCUCCCACAGGUCCGAAUGCCUGACCAGCAAAGCAUCUAUUCAAACGGGUAAAGUGCUUGACGGAAACCUCCCAGAAGGUGACUAACAGUGACCAGGCUUUGAUGUGUGACUCACAAUACUGAUUUAACAUUUCCUGCAAGAUUAGAAUGACAGAAGAGGCAGAGAAUCCUGUUGAAGUGCCCUCAUUAAUUGAUCGAUAUUUCACUCGCUGGUAUAAAACAGAUUUAAAAGGAAAACCAGGAGAGGAUCAUUGUGUUUUGCAGCACUCGAAUAGGAUCUGUGUCAUCACACUUGCUGAAUCGCAUCCAUUGCUUCAGGAAGGCAGAAAAAUUCAAAGUAUUAAUUAUCAAAUUAGUGCCAACUGCAGCAGACGUCAAAACAAAGUCUCUGGAAAGUCAAAAAGGGGAGGACAGUUUCUGACUGACCUUGCACCAUUGUGUAGGGUGACAUGUACAGAUGGAGAGGAGUAUACUGUUUUCAGUUGUAUCAGGGGGCGGCUUUUAGAGGUUAAUGAAGAGAUUCUUCAGAAUCCUGCUCUUUUACAAGAAAAGCCAUCCACUGAGGGCUACAUUGCAGUGGUACUACCCAAGUUUGAGGAAAGCAAAAGUGUAACCCAAGGACUGCUUUCCCAGAAGGAAUAUGAAGAAUUAGUUUCUAAGAGAUGCUUGAUCAAUCCAAAGUCUGUGGUAGAAGAGCAUUUGUGACACUGAAACAAAAAGAAAAUGAUCAUCAGCUGAAUACAUAGCUAAUGACAUGUCUAAUGUGUUCUACAGAGGAAGAACUGUGUUUCAUUUGCACCCUUUAUCAAGACAAAUGUACAUCAUCAGACCAAGAAAUUUGUGGAUGAAUUAAUGUAAUAUAAAAACAGAUUACAGAAACUGCAUUGUAGCAACAAGAGACUUCAAUAUAUUUUUUAAUCAAAUUUCAGUACUGUGUUUACUGUUGUUAACAUACCUAGAUCCUGCAUGUAGUUUCAAAGUUAAAUUUGCAAUAAAGUGUAAGCAAUAUGA